AUGAUUCAUCCCACACCCCUCUCACCCCCCAUGCUCCCCCACCCCCUGCCUCGACCAUCACCAUCCGUCCCGUCGUGCAGCCACAAUCCCAGUCCGCCUCUCCCCGUCCACGCCGUUCUCCCUAACCUCGCACACCUCGUCCUGUUCACAACCCUCACACCUCUCUUCCUCCUUCACACAGUAGUCCCCUGUCGCCCUCACACCGUGACACCCACAAACCACCCCCGUUCGUGGCUCGGAUUCUCCAAUUUCUUGUGCCUGUCACCCUGUCCCUGCACUGCGUCCGCAAUUCUUCUUUUCCCUCCUUUGGGCUCCUGGGUCACUCCUUUCUCUCCCGUCACUCGCAAUCCAAUCCGAUCCUCGUCCUCACCCCAAGACAAAUCGUCUCCAGUCGUUCACUUUGGCUUCCAUCGGCCUUCCUUGCUCCUCGCCUACCUUCAUUCUCCCCCCUUCUCUUGCUGCCCUCUACUCUUCCCUCUCCACCGAGCCACGAGCCUAGCUCUGAAUCCGAUCAGCGUCUCUACUAGUACACUAAACUGA